CCAUGAGCGACACAAGAAACAGUUCACUUUCGCUCACUUUUUCAAAAAGAGUGUAUUAAAAAGGUCUCUCGCUGGUGACCUGCGUCGUGGUAAAAUAUGAAUGAAGCGGAUCCGCUUUAUAUAUGAUAUAAAAGUACAAAGCAUAAAUAAUGGGGAACAGUGCUUUCAAAUCGCAAUGAGUACUGUUCCUUUAACCAUGUAGCUUUGAAUCAUAGCUGUAAUGCGCAACUGAAGAUGACAAAGUCAAACUCAUCUGAGAGUCUUUUCACCAUCAAUUAGGCAAAAUAUGCUAUCUAAAUCAUGUAAAAAGUUUUACGCGGUUGCAGUUGGUCGGGAGGUUGGGAUAUAUAAUACUUACUUCGAGGCAACCAAGCAAACGAAUAAGUAUCCAAAUUAUAGGUCAAAAAGCUUCAAGACAUUAGAACAGGCACAAGAAUACAUUCGAACCCAUGCGUUACGAAAAUCAGAGCAACAACCGACGUCGAAUGUCCAAGCACAAACUUCAACUUCAAGUCAGCCAAUUGUAUAUUAUUCAUCAGGCUUGCAAGCCGACGAUCGUUCAGGAGAAGGUUCUGUUUCCACUGACGGUUCACGAAACAAUAAAUCGAUACAAAUGGAAAUUCGCCCACAUCAAGUUAUUAUUCUCACUGGCGUUCUACAAAGAAAGUAUCAUUUUUUCUGGGCUAUCGAAUUUCGAUCCAGAGAGAGAUUCUUUCAGAUUGCUGAGCCAUUAUAUUCUAUGGAGGAUGAACACUUUAAAGGUUCAUUUUACGCAUUGACGAUUGCAGCCUUCACGUGUACAGAUCCUUCAAAAUUUUAUACAAUUUUCACAAACAAUGCAAGAGCUGGAACGUGGGUCAAUUCGGCCAGAAGUUCUGAUUAUAUGCCUCUUUUUGAAAAUGUGGUUGAUUGCGAAUUUUAUACAGCCAUACAAACGUUAUUUCGCAUCAAGCUACCACACCAGGCAGGUCUUCAUUCAUCAUGAACCAGACAUACAACCAGAGAUUCUAUUUUCAGAUUCACUUGAUCAGAGAGAGAUGACUUCAAGCACCAUUUUGGAUGUGCUUCGAAAUCGACUUUCUUCUUUUCAGUCCAUGAUGGGAAUGCCUGUUCCAGUAU